AUGGGGCUCCACCAACGCGCAAAAGCGCUGGGUAUUUGCGUGUGCCUGGGGUUUGUGGCGUUUUCCCUGGGAAUAGUGACCACAUUCCUCCCAAAUCUGUAUCUAACUGCCGCCAGCUUGUGGCUGGUUUUGUUCUUUGGCGGGUCCAUCCUUCCAUCCUGCACGGGGAUUUUUAUCAGCGCCACGCCAGUCCAUCUGCGGUCGCUCGCGUCCUCCGUGUCAGUUAUGGUGUUUAACCUGCUCGGGUACGCGUUGGCACCGGCGUUGACAGGGUCGUUCAUGGAACUGAUCCACAACAACCAGGAUGACCCCCAUAGUUAUUGGUAUGAGUGCGAUGAAGCGUGUAUGUAUCGCGUGGGCUUUCGCUGCUGCCUCGCGUGGAGUGUAUGGUCUUUGCUGGCCAUGUUAGCGGCGUACAUUGUGGCCAAGCGGCAAGCGGCGGCGGCUAUUCGGACUGGGGAACCCCCGCAGCAUCACAUACAACGACCUGUGAAGGCGGCUAUGAUCAUGCACUAA